AUGGAUAAAUGUAUGAGUGUAGUUCAUGCUAACGUGCCGAAAGCUCAGCUGCGCCCCCUGCUGUACAACAACGGAACUGUGGCCGCAGCCACCGGAUUUUAUUUUUGGGUCAAACGAGGUGACAGAUCGAAAACGACCGCGGGGCCUAAAGACCCAGUGUGUGACCAGGCCACAGAAGCAGCUCGGGUCCAACCUGAAGAAGUUCCUCAGUACCAGGAUGUUGUAACUGAGACUAAAGAGAAGAUCCAGAAGCUUGUAGUGUUCAGUAGUCAUCUGAAGGACAAAGUGAGCGAGCUGGAGGAACUGCUGAGUGCAGCACGCAGAGAUUGUGACCUGAAAGGCAAGGAGUGUGAGCGAGAGCGGGAGUCUCACAGCCUCCUCCAGGCCGAGAUGGAACAGAUGAAAUCAAACCUUAUGUUUGAGGUGGAGAAACUGAAAAAAAGAGAGGAACUUAUGUGGAACCUACUCUCUGAUGCUCACAUGGUGCAUAAAGGGCUAAAGAAGGAGUGUGAGCGAGAGCAGGUGGCUCGAAUGAUCCUGCAGUCCGAGCUCAACGAGAAGACAGAGAAGUUAAAACAUUGUGAAGAGUUACUAAUGGAGUAUGAGCGAGAGCGGGAGUCUCACAGCCUCCUCCAGGCAGAGAUGGAUGAGAUGAAGUCAAACCUGAUGAAUGAGGUGGAAAAACUGGAAAAAAGAGGGGAACUCAUGUGGAACCUAAUCUCUGAUGUGUACGUGGUGCGUGAAGUGCUAGAGAAGGAGUGUGAGCAGGAGCGGGAAGCUCGAAACAUCCUGCAGUCUGAGCUCAAUGAGAAGACGGAGAAGUUAAAACAUUGCGAAAAGUUACUAAUGGACUCCCUGGCUAAAUCAGAGAAGAAACUCCAGAUGUCUGUAGAGACCAUCGCUCACCUGGAUGCUGAGAACUCUGAGCUGGAAGACCUGGUGAUGUCACUGAGAGAAGCUAUUGAGCACAUGCAGAACCAACUCAGUGAGUCUUACAGAGAGCAUGACAAGCUGAUGAACGAGCGAGAGCGUGAGGCUCACAGCAUCCUCCAGGCAGAGAAAGACAUGAUGAAGACUCUGACACACAACAAAGAGUUACUCAAGGUCUCCAUAAAUGAAUUAGAGGAGAAACAUCAGAAGGCUGUGGAGAUGGAGAAGUCUCGUCUGGACAACCAGGAGAAGCUCUGCGAGAGCCAGAAAGAAGCUGAUAACCUCACGAAGGAGUGUGAGCGAGAGCGGGAGUCUCACAGCAUCCUCCAGUCUGAGCUCAACCAGGCGAAGGAUGACUUCAAAUAUUUUGAGAAAAAUAUGACGGUCUCCUUACCUGAAUUGAAAGAGAAACAUCAGAAGGCUGUGGAGAACAUCACUCAGCUGGAGACUGAGAAGUCUGCCCUGACAGACCAGGUGGAGACACUGAGAGAAGCGAUGGAGGAGAUCAGGAACGAAAGCAGAACAAAACCCUUACUGUUAAUAAACCAAUACUGUCUCACAUCUAUAAAUAUUUAUUUGUUAUUUAUAUUGGUAUUAAAAAAAAUUCUAUUUUAGAAUUACAAGGAAACAAACUGUCUUGCACUUUAUCGUUUUAUACUCCGUGUUUAUAAUCACACUGCUGCCACUAAGCUUUUGAUAUUUUCUUGCACUAUAAUUCCAUAUUUGUUUCUUGGUAAAUUUUACUGUAGCUAAAUUUUGUAAACUUUUAUUUUUAUUGUUACU